AUGGGCGCCGACAGGAGUGACGGCGCCGGCUCCUCGACCACGGAAGCCGUCGCAUCCGGCUACGACGAGAAAACACCGCUGCUCGAGCAACGCCAGCAAGGGCCAUACGAAGACAUUCUACGCCGAAGACGAUGGCUGUAUCCCCGGCGCAUCUCUGAUGGCAUUGUGGCCGUCGUGGGCAUGUUGGCGAGCCCCUUUAUUUCCACUGGUCAGCGCCUGAUUGCCUGUUUCUAUUACGACGAGGAUGGCAGCUUUUCCUUUUUGGCACCCGUGUAUCACAUCUCGCGAACAUUCACCCGCGGCCGUCGGAAGAAGGUCGGCGCGUACACGUCGCGGACUGAAAAGAGUGAAAAGGGAAUGCGCAAGAGACGCAGCUCGAGCGUGACGCAACCACAGAUGCAUCAACACUCACGGCGCUCGCUAUCCAUCGCAUCCACAUCUACCGCAAUGACUUCGGAUUCCGAGAGCGAGCGAGGUCCCAUGCGUGACUACGACUAUGACAGCCCUGCGCGGAACACGCGAUCCAGAUCAAGCGUGCCGUCGCGGGCAGACGAGAUCGCGCCGGCAAAGAGGUCCAUCCGCAUCACAUUACAUCACAAUGAAGACGCACUGAGACAGCGCAAGGCAGCGAAGAAGGCCCAAUCGUCCAAAAGUAAUUCCGUCUCACCUCAGGCCGCAGCUUCCUUGAAGUCCCCCACUGGCCCGGCAACCGCGUCCUCGAAGCAAUUGACAAAAUUCCCACGAGCGCCCCAACCCCCGCGCCCGUUGGUACCACGACGCCAGCCGUCAUACUCAGCAAAAGGCACGUCCGCCGUCGGGCCACACCAGAAAACACUAAUCAUCGACCUCGAUGAAACUUUGAUCCACAGCAUAGUCAAUGGCGGUCGCUUCCAGACUGGCCACAUGGUAGAGGUAAAACUGCAGGCUUCCGUCGGUGCGGGUGGACAAGUCAUCGGCCCUCAGGUCCCGCUCUUGUACUAUGUUCACAAACGGCCGUAUUGUGAUGACUUUUUGAAGAAGGUCAGUAAGUGGUACAACUUGAUCAUAUUCACCGCUUCGGUCCAAGAAUACGCCGAUCCCGUCAUCGACUGGCUGGAGGUGGAGCGCAAGUACUUUGCGGGGAGAUACUACCGGCAGCACUGCACUGUUCGCAACGGGGCUUACAUCAAGGACCUUGCCCAGGUCGAACCCGAUCUUAGCAAGGUCAUGAUUCUUGAUAACAGCCCCUUGAGCUACGGCUUCCAUCCUGACAACGCCAUCCCCAUCGAGGGCUGGAUUAGCGACCCAACAGACCACGAUCUGCUGCACCUCAUCCCGCUCCUUGAAGGCUUGCAAUAUGUCACCGACACCCGUUGA